AUGAAGCACCUUGCAGCAUACCUCCUUCUUGGCCUCGCCGGCAACACCGACCCCUCUGAGGACGACAUCAAGGGUGUUCUCUCUUCCGUCGGGAUUGAUGCCGAUGAGGACCGUCUUUCCAAGUUGAUCGAAGAGUUGAAGGGCAAGGACAUCAAUGAGUUAAUCGCCGAGGGUUCAACGAAACUUGCGUCUGUCCCAACUGGCGGCUCUGGUGGUGGCGGUGCUGCUCCUGCUGCCGGUGGUGCUGCGGCUGGCGGUGCUGCUGCUGCCGAGGAAGAGAAGCCUGCCGAGAAGGAAGAGGAGAAGGAAGAGUCCGACGAGGAUAUGGGCUUUGGUCUGUUCGACUAA